AUGGCUCUUGACAAUAAAUUUGUUGCUAAAGGAUUAAGACUCUACAGUGCUCGUUCUGUCGCAAACAGAACCAAGACCUUUGUUGCCAAGAAAAACAAGGUUGUUGCACCAAAGAAAGUUGUUGCCCCAGUCACACCAGUUGAAAAGACUUUCGGUAAAGGUAAACGUGUUAUUGCUGCCAAAGCUUCCAAAUUUGCCCCAUCCAUCCCAGCCGAAAUCAGAAGCACCGCUGCCAAAAAAGUUCAACAAAAAGUUGCUCUCCGUAAAUCAAUCACCCCAGGUACCGUCCUCAUCAUCCUUGCUGGUCGUUUCGCUGGUAAACGUGUUGUUGCCUUAAAACAAUUAGACUCUGGUUUAAUUUUAAUCACUGGUCCAUUCAAAGUUAACGGUGUCCCAUUACGUCGUAUUGAUCAAAGAUACGUCAUUGCCACCUCAACUAAAAUCGACGUCUCAAGUGUUAAAGUUGCUGCCACCAUCAACGACGCUUACUUUGCCGCUGAAAAGAAAUCAACCACUAAAUCUGAAGGUGCUUUCUUCAGUGACGAAAAGAAAGCUGAAAAGAAGAAAAUCGCCGACUCACGUGUUGCUGACCAAAAAUCCGUUGACUCUGCAAUCUUAGCUGUCCUCAAGAAAGAAAAAUUCUUAACUGUUUACUUAAAGACUAAAUUCUACUUGAAGAAAGGUGAAUUCCCACAUCAACUCAAAUUCUAA